AUGUCCCUGGACUUCUCCGAGACGUACAAGCGCACCGGCCCGACGCCGGUCUUCUCCCCGGACGGCCGAUUCCUCGCCACCGCGGUGGAGUAUCGCCUGGUGAUCCGCGACGCGGAGACGCUCACGGUGUGCUCCAUAUCCUCGUGCCUGGACCGCAUACACAAGAUCGAGUGGCACCCCGACUCCGACCACGUCCUCUGCGCGUGCUACAAGCGCGGCGUCGUCCAGUGCUUCUCGGUGUCCGACGAGAAGUGGACCUGCCUCAUCGACGAGGGGCCCGCGGGAUGCAUCCACGCGCGGUGGUCGCCCAACGGCACGCACAUCCUCACCGUCGCCGAGUUCAACGUGCGGUGCGCCGUGUGGUCCCUCCUCGACAAGUCCUGCGUCUACCUCAGGCAGCCCAAGUACGCGGACGCGGGGAUAGACUUCUCCCCGAACGGCAAGUUCAUCCUCGUGUGCGAACGCAGAGAGUGCAAAGAUUUUAUCACCGUCGUCUCGUGCGCCACGUGGACCACCGCGGCCCGGUUCCAGGUGGCGACGACCGACCUGGCGGACGCCACGUGGUCACCCGACGGCACCGCCAUCGCCGUGUGGGACGCCCUAACCGAGCACUCGGUGUUCAUCUACCGACCCGACGGUACCAAACUGGCUUCGUACAAACCGAGCGACGGGGGGGCCGCCGCGGGGGUUCGAUGCGCCGCGUGGUGUCCUCGCGGCGGUUUACUCGCCACGGGUGCGCUCGACCAGCGCGUUCGGCUGUUCUCGCACGUCUCGUGGCGGAUGCUCGCGGAGCUGCCUCACCCGGACGCCGUCGUGUUCCCCACGACGGUGGCGGUGUACCGGGAGGUGGAGGAGGUGGACGGCGUGCUCGUCGACUCGCCCCAUCCCGGUUCGCCGCCGCAGCGCCGCGGGAGGGUCACCGCGAGGUACGUGGUGGAGCCCCUCCCCGCGUCCGUGCCCACGCGCCGGCCGCGGCUCACCGGUCGGUCGGCGAAUGCGGUCGGCGUGGGCGCCGUCGCGUUUAGCGGAGACGGGCGGUUCCUCGCGACGAAAAACGACUGCCAGCCCACGACGGUGUGGGUGUGGAGCGCGAUAUCGCUGGAGCUGUGCGCGUGUUUGCAGCAGCUGCGACCGGUGACGAGCUUCGGGUGGGAUCCCACCGCGCACAGGCUGGCGGUGGCGACCGGGGACAGCAGGGUGUACGUUUGGACGCCGGAGGGCGCGAGCUUCGUGGAGAUUCCGCUGCCGAACUUCGCGGCUGAGGAGGUGGCGUGGUCGCCCGCGGGCGGGGAGUUUGUGCUCGCGGACAGGGACACCUUCUGCUGCUCGUUCUUCGGCCAGGACUGAUGA